UGUCUGAAGUUCCUGUGGAUGUCUAUCUUCUUGAGGACUGUCCUCAUGAUUGGUUGUUCCCUCAUUGUUCUGCAGUGGUACACCAUGGUGGAGCUGGAACAACAGCUGCAGGAUUAAGAGCUGGGUGCCCUACGACAAUUGUACCUUUCUUUGGCGACCAAUUUUUCUGGGCUGAGAGAAUCCAUGCGAAAGGAGUGGGACCUGCACCAAUUCCCAUUGCUGAACUAAAUGUUGAACGCCUUUCAAAUGCUAUAAAGUUUAUGCUUGAUCCUGAGGUUAAGUUGUGCGCCAUGCAACUAGGAAAGCAAAUAGAGGAGGAAGAUGGUGCUGGUGCGGCUGUAAACGCAUUCCACAAGCAUUUGCCAUCUGAAUUGCCAAUUCCUACUGCAACUUCUUAUAGUGAACCGCCAAAUCCUGUUCAGUGGCUCCUUCAAUUCUUUGAGAAGUGGUGCUGUCUUCCGUGCAGUCCCUAAUCAUCUCUGCUCGCGCGUGUACAGAAUAGCAGUUGUUCAUCUUUGGUUCUUUGGUAACUACUAUUGUAUCUCAUUCAUUUGGGUGUUAAUAUGGACUAAUAAUGUAGGAUCAAGUAGCAUUGUCAGUUUCUGGAUUUAAAUAUAGACAAGUGACUCGCUGAAACAUAAUCGGGUUUGAACUUGUUUA